AUGGCAUCUCUGCAAGAAUCCAAUUCCCUGUGCUUGAAGCGGAAGCUUGUUGAUGACUGCCUGUCAAAAGACUGCAAAUCUCGCUGUGUCAAAUCUGAGAAUGGGCCCUCAUUCGAUUCAUCAUUUGCUAAACACUGCAACUGUUGCUGCACUCGACCUAACCUUGCCAAUGAUUGUGUCAAUUUUCUGAAGAGUGGAGCGCCAUGCCGUGUCAUGUAUUACAAAAAGGGUUCGUGGCACAAUUUUCCAGAGCAAAUAAUGAAGUCCCUCAUCAAUGAAUUCAAAGGAAAUAAAUCAAGUGUUGUGUCUGUGAUGGAUGAUGAACCAAUUCUUGUUGAUUUCUUGUCAAUGACCCUGGUCAACCUAAAAACCAGAAAACAGCGGUCUGUUGCCUGGUUUGAUGACACUGGCAAGCGUUUCUUUCCUUCUUUGUUCUUUGAUGAGGAAAGUGAUGAAAUGGCCAAACAGAAUUCUGGCAAUGUUGAUAGCACUGCACAGGGAAUAAUGUUAGAUAAGGUCGCGAAUUCUCCAUCUGAAGUGGUCAAGCAAGUAGUUCUUGAAUUUAAUCCCCCAGUCCCUCAAAAACCUUCGACUGUGGAUGUCUUGCGCAAGAAGAUCACAUCUGUCGAAAGAGGCAGCGAAGGUUUUCUGUUUGUCCAGAACCUUUUUCUCUCUGGAUCUAGGAAGAGUGACAUAGUUAGGAUUCUUAUUAAUGGUUUGGGUACCACUGCAAAUCCUGUUGAGAAAGCAGGUUUGAGUGCUGGUGUAUAUCUUUCACCAGAAAACCGAGCCUUUACCAGUGUCGGUCUUUGCGAUGUUGACGAAAAAGGAGUGCAGUAUAUGUUGCUGUGCCGUGUGAUAUUGGGCAAUGUGGAAGCUGUUGAACCUGGAUCACAAGAGUCUUUUCCAAGUAAUUAUUUGCUUGACUUGAAGGAUUUAUGGUUUAACCCAUCACUAAAGGAAGUUGGAAUGGAUAUUUCUACACUUCAACCUGUAAUGUGUGAAACAGGUGAAGGACCAACUUCCCCAUGGAUAUCAUUCAGAGUUCUGUUUGCAGUUAUUCAAGACAAUAUAUCAUCAGUGGCAAGGGAGCUUCUCUUCCAUCAUUAUGAGGAGCUGAAGGUACUAUCCGCUUGA